AUGUCUUCGCAAGAGCAGAUCUCUCGGCAGGACGACGACGAUUGGACGGGGGUCACCGAUCCUGCCCUUCGGAAGAAGCUGCAGAACAAACUCAACCAACGUGCUUUGCGAGCACGAAAACGCCGCGACCGGCAAAAGGCUCUUCUGUUGCAGUCCAAGGAUGACAAGGCAGACUUGCGGCGCUAUGCAUUGAUACUUCCACGACCAGAUCAAGCCAAAGGGCCGCAACAGCCGCCUCGACCCACAUCGCUCUUGGAGGCGGUAGCAAUGAUGCCGCGCUUCGACACCGAAGCCUACGAGAAAUACUAUGCCGCGGAUCCAUGCCUCGACCAUCUAUUUACCUUGAGCAAAUUUAACGUACUUCGUGCCUUCCUGGAUAAUAUGGCAGCCCUUGGAUUAAGCAUGGAGGCAAUGGGAGACGACGUCAUCUCUCCCUUCAGUACUGAUAUGCCGGAACCCCACGAGAGGGAAAGAAUCCCAGCUACUCUCCUUCCCACCGCUAUUCAAGCCUUAGUUCCUCAUCAUCCCUGGCUAGACUGCUUCCCGUUCCCGCAAAUGCGGGACAAUCUGGUCAUGGCCGAUGGGUCAUUUAACGAUUGCGAGCUGUGCACGGAUAUGAUGGAUCCCACCACUGGCGAUAUCGGGGUCAUGGUCUGGGGGGAUCCCUGGCUUCCGCAGAAUUGGGAAGUCUCGGAGUUGUUUGCUCAGAAGUGGUCAUGGGUCAUCAAGGGGUGUCCGGACAUCAUUGUGCACAGCAACUAUUGGAGAGCUCGACGAGGGCUAAAGAAACUGAAAGUGAACUUUAUGUAA